AUGUUAUUCAUUAUUGCUUUUGCUGUUCUUAUUUCAUUUAAUUCUAUUUAUUCGCUUGAUAAUGGACUCGGAAAAACACCACAAAUGGGGUGGAACAGUUGGAAUCAUUUCGGAUGUAGUAUUAAUGAAACAAUAAUACAUGCAACAGCUGAUGCCCUUAUUGCUACUGGUUUAGCUCAAGCUGGAUAUACUUAUGUUAAUGUUGAUGAUUGUUGGGCAUCGUCUCGUGACCAAACAACGAAUUACAUUAUUCCUGAUCCCAUCGGAUUUCCGUCGGGUAUGGCAUCCUUAGCCGAUUAUGUUCAUUCUCGUGGUCUUUUGUUUGGUCUGUAUUCCGACGCUGGAAUUGAAACGUGUGCUGGUCGACCAGGUUCAUAUGGUUAUGAAGAUAUUGAUGCGCAAAUAUAUGCACAAUGGAAAGUGGAUUAUCUUAAAUAUGAUAAUUGUUAUGCAGGACCAACAAAUAAAACAAUAAAAGAACGUUAUGAACGUAUGCGAGAUGCAUUAAAUCGUACAGGCAGACCAAUAUUUUAUUCUGCAUGCGAAUGGGGUGAAAUGUUACCAGCAAUAUGGUUUCGUGCGAUAGCAAACUCAUGGAGAACAACAUCAGAUAUUAGUGAUCAUUGGAUUUCAAUGCUAUUAAACAUUGAUAUCAAUGAUUUAUUUGCUAAUUUUGCAGCACCACACGGAUUCAAUGACCCAGAUAUGUUAGAAGUUGGUAAUGGUGGAAUGACAUCAACUGAGUACCGAACUCACAUGAGCCUUUGGUCAAUAGCCAAAGCACCAUUACUUAUUGGCUGUGAUGUACGACAACUAUCUCAAGAAACUUUAGAAAUUCUUACCAAUUCAGAAGUUAUUGCUGUUAAUCAAGAUUCCCUAGGUAUACAAGGACAAAAGAUACGUAUCGAUCUCGAGCAUGAUACAGAAGUAUGGGCUGGACCAUUAGCUGAUGGAUCCAAAGCUGUUCUUGCAUUUAAUCGGGCACAUAUUAUCAAUCAAACAAUAUCAGUAUCAUUCCCUGAUUUAGGUUGGAAAUCAACAAGUCGAGUUAAAGUACGAGAUCUUUGGUUGCACCAAGAUCUUGGUGAAUUUCAAGGAAAUUAUACAGCUUUUAAUAUUGAAUCACACGGUGCUCAAUUGCUUAAAAUGACUCUUAUUACAUUAUAG